GGAGUCAUUGGAGUGUAAAGAUAAACGUCUGUAAAGCAAUCGGUGUUGCAGUUGACCAACCUAAUGCAUGAACACACAUAACACAUUCACCCAGUCGCAAAAGAAAAUACAAAGUCACACAGCGCGAGAGAGAGAGAGUGAGGAAGUGUGUGUGUGUGUUUGUGUCGGACAUUAACCACAUUCCCAGCAAGAGAGUAAACAUGAAGCUGAAACUACCUAACCCAGGUCUGGAUGAACGAAUACCAUCCCAUGCAAAGUUGGAGAAGCUCGAGGUGGAGGAGGCGGAUAGUAGACCCAAAUGGGACAACAAAGCCCAGUACAUGCUCACUUGUGUGGGGUUCUGCAUCGGGCUGGGAAACGUCUGGCGGUUUCCUUACCUAUGUCAGAGUCAUGGAGGAGGUGCGUUCAUCAUACCCUUCCUGAUUCUGCUGGUUCUGGAGGGGGUCCCUCUUCUGUUCCUUGAGUUUGCCAUUGGCCAGAGGCUCAGGAGUGGCAGUGUGGGGGUGUGGAGGUCCAUCCAUCCUUACCUCACUGGAGUCGGGAUUGCAUCUAUGAUGGUGUCCUUCCUAGUCUCCCUCUACUACAACACCAUUCUGUCCUGGGUGAUAUGGUACCUCUUCAACUCCUUUCAGAGUCCUCUCCCUUGGAGCCAGUGCCCUUUGAAUGAAAACAGAACUGCUCUAGUGUCAGAGUGUGCUCGGAGCUCCUCGGUGGAUUACUUCUGGUACAGAGAGACCCUCGACACCUCCGCUGCUAUUGAUGACUCGGGUGGACUGCAGUGGUGGCUGGUGCUGGUGUCGCUGUGUGCCUGGGCAGUGCUCUACGUCUGCUGCAUCCGAGGGAUCGAGUCCACUGGCAAGGCUGUGUAUGUGACCUCGACUCUACCUUACGUGGUUCUUCUCAUCUUCCUGAUCCGUGGGUUAACCCUAAAAGGUUCUGUGAGCGGCAUACAGUUCCUCUUCACCCCAGAUGUUAAAGAGUUAAUGAAUCCACAAACUUGGUUGGACGCAGGUGCUCAAGUUUUCUAUUCCUUUGGUCUUGCCUGGGGAGGCCUAAUCUCUUUCUCAAGCUACAACUCUGUGCACAACAACUGUGAGCAAGACGCCGUCAUCAUUUCCAUAAUAACUGGAUGUACCUCCCUCUAUGCUGCCAUAGUCAUCUAUUCCAUAAUUGGGUUCAGAGCCACUGAGAAGUUUGACGACUGCCUUAGCGGGAAUAUCUUGGCCCUGCUGAAUACCUUUGACCUUGCUGAGGGAAGCAUCAACGAGAGCAACUACGAUGUGGAGCUCCAAAGACUAAAUGGAACUUCGCCGGAUAUCAUUCAGGGGUUACAGCUGAGGGGCUGUGACAUACAGACAUUCCUCAGUGAGGGUGUGGAGGGAACUGGCCUGGCCUUCAUAGUCUUCACAGAGGCCAUCACCAAGAUGCCCAUCUCCCCCCUGUGGUCCGUGCUCUUCUUCAUCAUGCUCUUCUGCUUGGGGCUCUCCAGUUUGUUUGGCAACAUUGAAGGGGUGGUCGUGCCUCUACAAGACCUCAAAGUCCUACCCAAGACAUGGUCCAAAGAGGUUUACACAGGUCUAACAUGCCUUGUUUCCUUCCUGAUGGCUUUGAUCUUUUCUCAACGCUCGGGUAACUACUGGGUGGCACUGUUCGAUACUUUCGCUGGCUCAAUCCCUUUGCUCACCAUAGCCUUCUUUGAAAUGAUUGCAGUGUCGUACAUAUAUGGAAUAGACAGGUUUAGUGAGGACAUUGAGUUCAUGAUUGGUCACAAGCCCAACAUCUUCUGGAGGGCAUCGUGGAUGGUCAUAAGUCCUUUGAUAGUGCUUGCCAUAUUUAUUGCUUACUUCGUCUCCAAAGUCACAGAGGAGCUCACCUACACGGCAUGGGUUCCGGACUCGGAAAACUUUCCAAACUUGGCCAACCUCCCAUAUCCUGGGUGGAUCUACGUCAUCAUCUUCAUCCUGGCUGGCGUGCCAAGCUUGGCGGUUCCAUUUGUGGCCCUUUUUAAAUACAUCCAAAACAGAUGUGGCAGAGGCCACUGAUGUUCCUUCCAGAGGUGGGAGGGUUAGGAAGAGUUUAUGGAUUAAUUUCCAUGCAUACUGAACAUGUGGAUUUCACAGUGUUGUUUUAUUUUUAUUCUGUCAUGUAAACAUGAUGUCAGAGUGCACUUUUUGAUGUUGUACUAAAUGUUCUAUGUAAUAAUAUACAUUACAUACACAUAAUACACAUUUUAACAUCUUAAUGUUAAAUAAUAUUAGAUAAAUUAAAUUCAUAUACAGUAUUUACCUAAGAGGAAUCUGACAUUUGCUAGUAUAUACGUAUACAUACAGGAUCACAGCUAUUGGACAUUUUCAGAAUAUAUUUAUUCAAAACAAAACAAAAAAAAAACAGAAUAAAGUAUCAACCAUGCAUUUGCCUUUGAAUAUGACUAGAGUAAUAGAUGUCUAUUUUUGUAGAUAAUACAAAUGUAAUGUUUUAAUGGAUAUUGCUUUUUCUAUGUUUGUGUGCAAUAAAUGCGUAAGGGCAACAACAAUGUAAAACA